AUGAAGGACUUUAAAAGAAUCUUUUGGAUCGACUCAACAACUGUAUUAUCAUGGGUCAGGACUCCACCACGUCAAUUCAAGCCUUUCGUAUCGAGCCGAGUUGCUGAAAUUCAGGAAACGAUUGGCACAGAGGACUUCCGCUAUGUCAGAUCGAAGAGCAAUCCAGCUGAUGGUCUCACACGGGGAAUCGAACCAGCCGAAUUAGCAAAUUGGUUGGUAGGUCCAUCAUUCCUGAAGUUUCCCGAAGCCCAGUGGCCAGAGUUCCACGAAGAUCUCAGAUUAUCCAAUUCAGUAUUCCAGGAAACAAUGAAAGAGAAGAAAUCAUCAUUUUCAUCCAAUUGUAACAAGGAAGUUAAUGAAGUCAACGUCUGUUUAGCUACUGAAGAGAAGAAAGAAAAUCCCAUUCUUUGUCACUUGAUGGCGGCUUGUUCUUCAUUUUCAAAGGUUCGGAGAACACUGGCUUACAUAUUGCGAUUCACACAAAAUGCAAGAAAGAUGAAUAUGAAAAAAGGGACUAUUACCGCUCAGGAGCUACAAAUAUCAGAAAAAUACCAUUUUAAGUUGUGUCAAGACUCUCUAGACCUAUCCCGCUUCGAAGAAAAACUUCUUCCAAGGACGGACCAGGAUGGCCUUCAACGAGCACACGGACGCCUGGAAGAGAUCAGAUCACUCCCAGAGGAAAUGAGAAAUCCAAUCAUCUUACCACGCAACCACCCACUGGUCAAAUUACUUCUGCAGCACCUCCACGACAAACGGCGACAUUGCGGUUACAAGAGCUUAAUGCACGAGGCAAGAAAGAGGUUCUGGAUCAUCGGUCUACGUAGUAUGUGUAAACAACUUACGAGAAGAUGUAUCAUCUGUAGAAAAUUGCGAAAGAAACCCCUCGACCAACUGAUGGGCCAAAUCCCAAGUCUUCGACUCGCGGCCGGACUACCACCAUUUUCCAAUACCGCAAUGGACAUGUUUGGACCGGUGCAGAUCAGAAUGAACAGAAAGACACUCAAGGAAGCCCAAGUGAUAAUCUUUGCCUGCAUGACGACCAGAGCAGUUCACCUGGAACUCGUCACCGAUAAAAGCACAGAGACAUUUUUGUUGGCAUUUCGCCGUUUCGCAUGCUUACGCGGCCAUCCCAAUGUCUGUUGGUCAGACUGUGGUACUAAUUUCGUCGGUUCACAAGGUUAUCUGAACGAAAUAAUGAAGAAUUGGGACAACGCUAGAAUCCAGAGUGUACUGACCGAGGAGUUCUCGUGCGAUUUCAAAUGGCUGUGGAAUGUGCCUCAUGCCAGUCAUCAGAACAGUGUCGUCGAGUCUCUUAUUAAGUCCGUCCGACAAGCCUUCAAUGUUACCUGCAAGAGUCAAGCGUUUACGGCAGAACAGUGGUCAACAUUCCUCGCAGAAAUCAGCUACGUGAUCAAUAGUCGCCCUUUGUAUCGCAGUUCGGAUGGCGUUUGGGAGAGUCCACCAGUAACACCGAAUGAUAUCCUUCUUGGGCAGCAUAAUUCACCACCUCAGCCAACCCCGGAAGAUAGAAUCAACCCAAGAGAUCUUUUACGAUGCACACAAAACAGAAUCGUCGAUUUCUGGAAAUGCUGGUUGAAGUAUUUUGCACCCAAUCUAUUACCCCGCAACAAGUGGUUCCGAAAAAGAGACAACGUUCAAGUAGGGGACCUGGUUCUGGAGCUUGAUCCAAAACAUAAAAGAUGCCAAUGGAAGAUGGCACUUAUCACCGAAGUUCAUCCCGGAAGCGACGGUCUUGUGAGAAAAGUAAGAAUGAAGACGCAAACAGGAGAAUAUGACAGACCCAUCCACAAGCUGUGUCUUAUAGCCACCAGAGAAGAACUUGAUGCAGACUAGUAUAACUAGAACAGAAUGAUUGUAGUGACAAUGGAUUCUUUGCAUUCCUAAAGUAUUUUCAGUAUAUUGUGUUAGACGUUGCUCAAUUAGAGAUUUAAUUUCCGCACGGGGGGAGAGUGUUAAGAUAUUGCGAUCGCCGGUGUUGAGAGGGGAGUGGGACGGAGGAAGUGAAACGGCGAGGAAGCUUCGCGGAAUUGGAAAGAAAGAAACUAAAAAAGCGAACUUGUUAUGUUAAAUACAGUGAACAAAAACUUAAAAAUAAUAACUUAGGAAAAGGCAAGGAUACUCAGAUUAUGCCUCACGAAUUGUAAGUCAGUCUUGCUGCAACCUUCAAUUGUCAGUAUAUCUGAGUUGUUGUAAUAGCUGUAAUUUUGCUUGAUUUAUAUAGUUGACUAUUUACAAAAUAAAGUAUUAGUGCAGAAAGAGAAAACAGAUUUGGGUAUUUCAAUGUGAUUUGCUUCAAACAAAGUAGCGUCUCCCCGGUUGGCGUAGAUGCGAAACAGAUACACUGAAAUUAUAUGCUGUCUUGUUUACUUGUUUAACUUGUUUCAUAUACGCAAAGGCCGUCGGGUUUUAAUUUAAAGCCAUUAUAAAAUCAAUAUUUAAAACAAACUUACCUUCGUUAACGUCGGCUCCCUUCUUUUAGCUGAUUCUUUCGCCCUUUCUUUCUUGAAAUUUACAAAAUCUUGCAGAAAUACGAGCAAAAAUGAAGAAUAUUUGCAAGAAAUUUAUCAAUCAUCAACUCAUCAAAUCAAGAAAUGUUUGCUAUUUCGCUGUCGUCAUGCAGUCGUUAUAAUGGCAAUAAUGCAAACUUUAAAUUGGACCAAUCAGUGUCCGUUAUUCAUGACAGUCCGCCAUAUUUUUGAGAUCAGUGAGGAUGACCACCCAUCGUUGGUGACCGACGCCCGCGCUCAUUGAUGAACUUUAGACUUCGCUAAUGGUUUCGUUUCCCCGGGUGUAAAUAGCCAGGGGAAUUAGUACCCUCGCACGGCGCUUCGCGCCGCCGGCUCGGGGAUGAAGCAGGCGUCAAUGUAGUAUCCUGUUUUAUCACUAAAUCCACAAAUAUUCAUCCGAAACGAUUGUACGACAAAAUUUUACCUGGUUGGGAAUCUGGAGCCAAGUUUCUGUUUUCGCUGAGCUCUGAAGUACCAACACAGCGUCUGCCACGAGCAAUUUUGGUCAAACGUGGUUGGACGAUCGAUGUCGCCAACAAUGAAACAAAGUUGUUCAUCCAAGUCAACCAUCCGGACAACUUAAGGUAUUAACUUCAACAAGGCUAGGCCUUUUUUAAGAAAUCAUCAUUGGGGUGGGUGGCAUUAACAAAAAGGAACCUCACUUGAUUACCGUAAACGGGAAAAAUACGGAUUGGUAUAUAGGGUGGGAAUCAAACCCAAAAAAACAUUUCAAAAGCUGCCCAAACACUGAUGUACCAAUCUCACAUGAUAAUACUGGAUACCUGGUGAAGUAUACUGAUCAAGUCCUAGUUCUGGAUCAAACUUAAUUCAGGCCUUGGAUUGGAUCAAAAUUAAUUCAACUUAUACUUGAAGUAGUGAUUUAUUCAUAUGAGAUGUCAUUUAAAAUCCUCCAAUUUGGUGGACUAGAUUUCAAGUCCUCUCAUUUUGAUCCAGUCCUCGGAUUUUCCUCAGACUUGAUCAAAUUGCGCGGACUUGAAAUCUAGUCCAGUCCCCAUAGUCGGAUUUGAAAUAAAACGCGAUAUCUAUAUAAUUUUCCCGGUAUAUACAUACCGCCGGUUACUGGAAAUUUCUCAUACUUUCUCAUACUCAUUUCUCAUUUCUCAUAGGAACAUCCUCAAGUUCUAAGCUAUUAAUAAAAUCAUUUUCAGCACCUCAUAAGGGUUGGGGGACAUGCAUAAACAGAUAAUUAUAGAAGCCUUUCAUGGCUGAUAGAUGAUAUGUUAUGGGCACGCCAAAUUCUGAACUUUUAUGAAGUUACUUUCAGGGAAGCAUGCGAAAUGGCCAAAAGUGUUGUCUGUAGUUCAGAUGCGCUAUCUGAAUUGCUGGUAUCUGUUCACCUGGACAUAUAUAUCAACCAAACCACGAGUGGUUUUAGAGCAAAGGAUCAGGGGAAAGAUUUAACCUGCUAUGCGUUUGCAUCCGCUGUUGUGCUCCAUUUGGCAAUGCUGUUGGGAACUGACCAAACAGAUAAGAUAUAUCGUAUAACACUUUAGGGAGGGAUAGUUAAUUAGGGAGAUUAGUCAUAGAAGGUAUCAGUGAGUGUCAUCAUGACAGUGAGAGAGAACGGAUGUGAGAGCUGCGACGAGCAUACAAUGUGAUUUUGGGUAUUCUUAUAUUUUCUAUUAAAACUUAUAUAUAAAUGUGAUUUGUCGAGGACUACUGUUUUGGAGGCAAACAUUCUCGACAAUGCAACGAAUUCAUGGUCGAGAAGGAGAAUAUCCUAGUUUCAUGACGAGUUAAAAGAUGAAAUGAUUCGCGAGCAUGGGAAAAGCCGUGCUCAUACCAGUGAAGUUCUGAAGAAAAUAUGCCAGAAAUAUCGUUUACACUGCCGCAAAGUCAGCAUCAAGGGGGCGAAGCAAGCCAUUGUCAAGAAACGUCCCGUGGCAGCAAAAUUUUAUCUUACAAACGACGCGUGGGAUGCUUUUGAAAAUUUCUACGACACCAAUCCAGUUGGUAUACUCACCCAAAAUGAACUUGAUGUUCGUAAGCGCCAUACAAGUCCUCCACAUCGCACUUCUGGUCAUGCUGUCGUUUUGACCAGUUACAACAGCAAGUGUUUAACCUUCAUGAAUUCCUGGGGAGAAGAAUGGGCCGACAAUGGAUUCUUCAGAGUGCAAAAUGCAGAAGUCCUUGGUGAUCAGCUAGAAUUCUUCGAUGUUUACUGGGAGUUGGAUGAUCUGACUGAAAAAGAGCAAGAGAAGUAUCGAAAGCAUGGAUCCAAAUUGGCCAAGAGAUAGAUAGAGUUCUUAGAAGGCCUGGAAUUUGCGGAAUACACGUGCCCAGAAU